AUGAAGCUGAAGGAGAUAGACCGUACUGCCAUGCAGGCAUGGAGCCCUGCCCAGCAGCACCCCAUUUACCUGGCCACAGGUACAUCAGCUCAGCAGCUUGAUGCAACCUUCAGUACAAGUGCUUCUCUAGAAAUAUUUGAGCUGGACUUAUCAGACCCUUCACUGGAUAUGAAGACCUGUGCCACAUUCUCCUCCUCCCACAGGUACCACAAGCUAAUCUGGGGCCCACACAGCAUGACCUCAGCUGAGAGAGUCUCUGGAGUCCUGAUUGCUGGGGGAGAAAAUGGAAGUGUCAUUCUGUAUGACCCAGCCAAAAUCAUAGAUGGAGACACCGAAGUAAUAAUUGCCCAGAAAGACAAGCACACAGGGCCUGUAAGAGCACUCGAUGUCAACAUGUUCCAGACUAAUCUGGUGGCUUCUGGUGCUAAUGAGUCUGAAAUCUAUAUCUGGGACUUGAACAACUUUGCUACACCAAUGACACCAGGAGUGAAGACACAGCCUCUCGAGGACAUCAGCUGCAUUGCAUGGAACAGGCAAGUCCAGCACAUCUUGGCAUCUGCCAGCCCCAGCGGCCGAGCCACCGUGUGGGAUCUCAGGAAGAAUGAGCCCAUCAUCAAAGUCAGUGACCACAACAACCGGAUGCACUGCUCGGGCUUGGCAUGGCACCCUGAUGUUGCUACCCAGAUGGUUUUGGCCUCGGAGGAUGACAGGUUGCCUGUUAUUCAGAUGUGGGACCUAAGAUUUGCCUCCUCACCACUUCGUGUUCUAGAAAAUCAUACAAGGGGUAUAUUGGCCAUUGCCUGGAGCAUGGCAGAUCCAGAGCUGCUGCUUAGCUGUGGGAAGGAUGCUAAAAUUCUCUGCUCCAACCCUAACACAGGAGAGGUGCUGUAUGAGCUGCCCACGAACACACAGUGGUGCUUUGAUAUCCAGUGGUGUCCCAGGAACCCUGCGGUGUUGUCUGCGGCUUCCUUCGAUGGGCGCAUCAGCAUUUACUCCAUCAUGGGAGGCAGCUCGGAUGGCUUGAGGCAGAAGCAAGUUGACCAGCUUUCAUCAUCGUUUGGAAACCUUGAUCCAUUUGGCACUGGACAGCCUCUCCCACCCUUGCAGCUUCCCCAGCAGACUGCCCCACAGAGUGUUGUUUUGCCUCUAAAGAAACCACCCAAAUGGAUCCGGCGACCCAUAGGAGCUUCGUUCUCGUUUGGAGGCAAGCUGGUUACAUUUGAGAAUGCCAAGGCUCAGCAGCAGCCAGGCAUGGAGCAGCAGCUGCAGCACCAUGUCUACGUGAGCCAGGUGGUCACAGAGAAGGAGUUUCUGGCCCGCUCAAACCAGCUGCAGGAGGCUGUGCAGUCUGAAGGCUUUGUCAGCUACUGCCAGAAGAAAAUCGAUAUGGCCCUGGCUGACUUUGAGAAAAACGUGUGGGCCUUCUUAAAGGUGAACUUUGAAGAAGACUCACGUGUUAAAUACCUUGAGCUCUUGGGAUACAGGAAAGAUGAUCUGAAGAAGAAGAUUACAUCUGCCCUGAAUAAAAAUGGUCUUGCAGAUGGUGUCUUGGGAGAGGCUUCUGCAGACUCUGAUGGAUCUGUGCUGAACGAGGGAGAGGAAGGCCAGGCUACAGAGGAGCAGUUCUUGGGAGAGAGGCUGAAGGACCAUAAACAAGAAACUGAAGAUUUGGGAUCUGCAAAGACAACAUUUAACAUUUCUGUUAGUGGAGAUGUGGAUGGUCUGAUCUCCCAGGCCCUGCUGACAGGGAACUUUGAGAGUGCAGUCGAUCUCUGCUUACAUGACAACCGCAUGGCUGAUGCCAUUAUCUUGGCCAUCGCAGGAGGGCAGGAGCUGCUUUCUAGGACACAGGAGAAGUACUUUGCUAAGAUGCAGAGCAAAAUUACCAGGCUCAUCACUGCAGUGGUAACGAAGAACUGGAAAGAGAUUGUGCAGUCUUGUGACCUGCAGAAUUGGAGAGAAGCUUUGGCUGCUGUGCUCACUUAUGCCAGGCCAGAUGAGUUUGCAGGCCUUUGUGAUCUCUUGGGUAGCAGGCUGGAGAAUGAGGGGGACAGCGUUCUGCAGACACAAGCUUGUCUCUGUUUCAUUUGUGCCGGCAAUGUGGAUAAACUCGUUGCUUGUUGGACCAAAGUUCAGGAUGGAAACAGCCCCCUGUCCCUUCAGGAUUUAAUAGAGAAAGUCGUAAUCCUGCGCAAAGCUGUGCAGCUCACCCAGGCUGUGGACCCUAAUGCUGUGGGGGCCCUUUUGGCUGAUAAGAUGAGCCAGUAUGCCAACCUCCUGGCUGCUCAGGGAAGCCUUGCUGCAGCUUUGACCUUCCUCCCUGCAAACACCAACCAGCCGAACAUCGUGCAGCUACGGGACAGACUUUGCAGAGCCCAAGGGGAGCUGCCAGUGGGACAGGAUGGCCCCAAGGGACCAUAUGAGAGAGAGCCCAUGCCCAAAGGACGAGCUGGCCCCGUGGCUGGACGGAUGCAAGCACCCCAGGCUCCAGGCCAGCAGUAUUACCAGCAGGGAGACAACCCACCUCCUCCAGGGUUUAUCAUGCCAGGUGCUGUUAACCCCAACAUGCCACCACAGCAAGCUGCAUCUUCCAAUUACAGCAUGUACUCACAAGCAGGGACACGGCCAACAUACCCACAAACGUAUCAGGCCACACAGCAGUACUCCUCUGGAACAGGGGGACCAGCCCUCUAUCAGCCUCAGCAGCCUAUCGCUGUCCCUGCUUCAGCCUCUUACCCUAACCCUGCCCCUAACACCACCUCUCCCUACCUGCCCUCUGCCCCUGCCCACUCCAUGCCCUCCCCGCUGUACCCCGGGCAGCCUCAACCCUCCCCAACCAGCCUGAAUCCCGUCUCUUCCUUCCCUGGUCCUUCUUCUGGCACAUCCUUUCAGCAUGGCAGGCCAGGACUUCCAGCAACUUCUGUGGCUUAUGCAUUACCUACUGGACCAACAGGACCUCAGAACGGCUGGAACGACCCUCCCACCCUGAACAGAGCUGCCAAGAAGAAGAAGGUCCCUGAUAACUUCCUGCCCCCAGUGCCCAUCACUUCCCCCAUCAUGAACCCGCUGGCGGAUCCGCAGUCUCAGAUGCAGCAGCCUCCAGCUCCAGCACCACCCACUGGUGCCCCCAGUUUCCAGCCCCCACACCUCCCUGCAGGGCAGCUGGUGCUGCAGGGUGGCUACCCACCUGCUUCCCAGCCCCUGGGGCCAUCCAUCCUGCCACCUUCUGUUUCCAAACCCAGCACGGAGGGAGCCCCUGGAGCCCCAAUCGGCAAUGCCAUUCAGCAUGUGCAGGCACUGCCAACAGAGAAGAUUACCAAGAAGCCCAUCCCUGAGGAGCACCUUAUUCUGAAGACCACGUUUGAAGCUCUUAUCCAGAGGUGCCUGCUGUCUGCCUCUGAUCCGCAAACCAAGAGGAAACUGGAUGAUGCAAAUAAACGCCUGGAGUUUCUAUAUGACAAACUUAGGGAACAGACACUCUCUCCAACCAUCAUUAGUGGUUUGCACAACAUUGUGAAGAGCAUUGAGACCCGAAACUACCAGGAAGGACUGAACAUCCACACACACAUCGUCAGCACCAGCAACUUCAGCGAGACCUCUGCUUUCAUGCCAGUUCUGAAAGUUGUCCUCACCCAGGCCAAUAAGCUGGGGGUGUGAAGUAGCCCUGCACACUUACUUGCAAAGCCUUGAUGGUUGCUGUUCCAAAGAAGUGCAUUUCUACAGCAGAACAUGCAGGAAAUGGACCAAACUCUUGUCCUCACAGCAUGUCGCGGUAGAGCGCUGACAAACGGCAUUGCACCCUCCCUGCAAAAAAAAAUACUUCGUUCUAGAAGGGCUAUGGAGCCCUGGUGCUUUUCUUUUAAUCCUUUUCCCAUCCCUAAUGAUUCGCAUCUGCAAAUAGUGUAUUUAAUGGAUGAUGUCUCAUGUUGUCAGUUUUUAGAUGCAUGUUAUACUGCUCAACAGCGGCUUUUAAUAACAGAUGUACGUGUUAAACCAACAGGAUAGGUUGUGUAUCAGACCCUAAACCAGAAUAUUUCCUUCCACCCCACCAUUCCUUGUCUACCAGAUUAAAACCAGUCUGAUCAUGUUAUAA